CGUCGUCUCACAACAACCAUUAAUUUCUUAAUCAAAUAGUUUGUAUAUUUCUGAACACGCCAUACACACACAAAAACACACACACACACCAAGCCAAAUUUGAUUUCGAAACUCCAUCGAAUUGAUUGUGACAAAGAAGAAGAAACGUGGAAUGGCUGUUACGCACGAUUACCAAUCGCUAUGACCAUCUUCCAACGCUCCAACCAGGAAUCAUCAUUCUUCAAUUCAAUUGCAAUCAAUUUCCGAUCAGAAUUAACAGAUAUUCGUGGAGGGAAUCGAUGGAUGAAGAAUUGCCAGGGGCAAUUGGAACAAGCGCAAGUUUAGCCCUAAGAUUGGGACAAACCGUAUUCUCUGUUGCUUCCCUCCUUUUCAUGUGCGUCGGUGUUGAAUUCUACGCUUAUACGUCUUUCUGUUUUUUGGUGACAAUCAAAGGGUUAACAAUUCCAUGGAGUUUAACCCUCGCAAUGGUGGAUGCAUUUUCUGUAUUUGUAAAACGACCUUCUCGCCAAAUACAAAUAGUGUCCAUCAUCGUUAUUGGAGACUGGGUGUUAUCAUUUUUAUCACUAGCAGCAGCAUGUUCAACAGCAAGUGUGGCGGAUUUCAUGAUUACAGAAGCUGGUGCAUUUUUUUGUGGAAGAAAAUUGUGUAGCAGAUAUCAAUUAUCUGCUGCAAUGGCGUUUUUGUCAUGGUGCAUAUGGUAAAUAAGUAAAAGAAGAAAAAUGAGAAGGAAAUCAAGAAGAUGAUUUUUUUUAAUAGAUUAUCAUUUAAGAUUUAUAGCACAAAAAGGGUAUAUGAUUGUUAUGUCUUCUUCAAG